GAACCACCUGAGCGAGAUACUUCUGAGUCACUUUACCCUUGCGAUGUUGAAGAGUCUCCAUACAAUCCUCUAUGGCCUUUGAGAGACAAGCGAGAAGUCUUCCUGCUUCAGCAUUUUAUUAAUCAUCUUUCUUUUUGGUUUGACUAUUGCGAUAAAGAUCGUCACUUUAGAACGAUCAUCGUGCAAACGGCUUCGACCCACUUUGUCCUUCUCAACGCCCUUUUGGCAAUCUCAUGCAAGCAUUUGAGUCAGACACAGCCCGAGAAAUGGGUUCCUGGAGAAGCCGACGACUAUCAAGCAAGAUGCCUACAGUCAUAUAUCCCGGCUCUGGCACACCCAGGGUCAGCACGAGGCUUUACGACUGGAGUCCUAUGCGCCAUCACUAUGAUCCUGCGACUCUAUGAGGAAAUGACAGCACGUACCCCUCCUCCCCGUCUUGCAGAGAGAUGCGGCAUCACCAGAACUCUUGAGCCCACGUCCGACUUCGAUUGGGCGUGGCGCAUCAUCACUUUCACUGAGGACGUUUUGAUAUUUGCAUACGGCCCAGACGCGCGGUCCAUCGGGUCUUGGGAGAAUCUGCGUGCCUAUCUACAUCAGUGGAUGGAGAAGAGGCCGGCAUCUUUCAAUCCUCUGUGGCAAACGGGCUCUGAUCGCGAGGCAUUUCCUGAGAUCAUUUUUGCCAAUGAUUUUCAUAUUGCUGGUCAUCAGCAUGCCAUUAUCUGCCAGAUAAUGUUGCUGACUCACGACCCUCGUAUGCCUGUACUUGGUCUCGACAAGGCUAUGGCUUCGAAAGCUGUUGAAGAAGAGAUUCGGCGCUUGACCCGCCAAAUUUGUGGUAUUGCACACUCGGCAGGCGAGUGGCAGCCAGCAACCAUAGCCGCGGGAAUGACGGUUGCUAUGUGCGGUCAUUUGUUCCACGAGCCUGCGGAACAAGAGAAAUUGCUCGAAAUUCUCGCAAAGUCAGAAGCGCACAUGGGCUGGUCAUUAUUGAGGCAAGAAGAGAAGCUGAAGGCUUUUUGGGAAUGCAAUGCAGAGUAA